GGAACCAUGGACGGACACUGUUUCGGCUGCGCUACAAAGUUUGGAUUUUUCACCAGAGAGCAUUCUUGCCAUAAGUGUGGUCAUGCAUAUUGUAAAACCUGCCUUCCUCACAAGACCUCACUUCCAGGAAAGGAUCCCAAAAAGCAACAAAAUGUCUGUAAUGACUGCUUCAAACUCCUACAACAAACCAAGACAGACAUGCAGAGGGACAACUUGAGGAAUGAAGGCAGAUACUCGCCUCCAGAGAACUUUAAAAAGAGAGUUGCUGCUCUUCACGAGAAAGAGCAAGGAAAGCAGCCUUCAUCAAGACAGCCAGGACCAUCACAAUCUUCAUCAGAUGCUUCAUCAGCUAAACAAGCAGCAAAGUAUAAAAAUCUAGCACCGGCUGACAGGGACAUUGCUAUGAGGUUGGACAAGCUUAAGGAGGACCGAAAGAAAAGAGAGAAACCUGUGCUAACUCAGCGUGAGAUUGAGGAAAGGCUUCGUAAUCUCCAGGGACAUCAACCAUCUUCUGAAACAAGUCAAAACACAGUAUUUCCGAGAUCAAAUAAAACGGUUGAGGAGCAGUUUGAUGACCUUCUAGAUCAGAUGACAGAUGAAGUGGCUUUAGAUGCAAGAUUAGAAGGAAAUGAUGUUACUACUUAUGAUCCAGCUGCAGCCAAACGAGCCCCCACAUGCUUGGGACCAGGACAAAACACCGAUCCACUCUUGCCUGAUGAGGAUGAGAUGAAACAACUCACAGAUGAUGCCAAGAAAUUAUUAGGGGAGUCUUCCAGCAACAUAGAACAGCCUUCCGGGGGUACCAAUCCUCAACCACCAGGAGGCCCUGAUGGGGGUGAGGAUGAUGAGAGUAAUGCAAGGAAACUGGCAGAGGAGGCAAACAAGCUGAUGGAGGCAGCAAGGGCUGAGCUCCAUCUGGAGGAGGAGGCCACCAAGAGAGGAGCCGAGAGGGAUGCAGAGAUUGCAGGGAGACUGGCUCAUCUCAAGGGUGCACAGUCAGGAGAAAAUACAGGGAAUCUUAACCUUGAUGGAGAUAGUGAUGAAGAUGAAGAAAAAGCUUCCCAGAGACUCAUUCAACAGAUAUUGGAGGAAGACAAGUUGGAUGACAGAGUAGCUGCUGAUGGGUUCCAGGUACCAACAGAGAGAGUACAUCCUAAACCAACAAGCAACACUAAUAUUUCCGAGAACCCUCCACUAGAACCACACAAGCAUGACCCUCCAGGACCCCAGACAAACCCUGAUGAACUGCCAUGGUGUUGCAUCUGUAAUGAAGAUGCCAUUGUGAGAUGUGUGGAUUGUGAUAAUGAUCUCUACUGUAAAAGAUGCUUCAGAGAAGGACACAGAGACUAUGGAAUUGAGAGUCACAAGGUUAAACCAUACAAGCCUCCCAAUAAAUGAACACCAUGACUAUGGACUGUCAACAAGAAUCGAUAUACAAGGUACUGAUAUAACUGUUUGAUGCAGAAAUUAUUUCAAGGUAUUGAUAAUCAGACUUUCAGAUGUGAUGCUGGUAUUAACUUUGGUGAUGACAGCUAAUGGUAGUCUAUGGCUAUUUUUUUUAACAUCAGCCACAGCAGCUUUAAAUUAUGCUGGUGCUAGGACUGAUUUCAACAAGUGUUUAGCAGUCUAUGAUAUGAUCGGCGAUUCCAAGUUUAAUGUUAACAGCUAGUUUUCAUGUUACACCGAAUAGUUUACACCAGCCACAACACUGAACUUGAGGUUUGUGCUAGGAUUGAUGUCACUACGUGUUAAUCUAAUGUGAUUCAUGAUUUCAUGAUAACUCUGUAAGCUCACAUUGGAGGCUUCGCAGCCUAAUUCAUGCUCUUCAAUACCAAGGAUAUAAAGGGUAUGGAAUUAUGCCCUACUGGUUCAAACCAUACAAGGCUCACAAUAAAUGAACAACAUAUCUAUAAAGUAGCAUCAACAGGAAUUCAUUAUCGUUUACAAACACUGAUACAACUGCUUGGUGUCAACACUCAACACUAAUGUCAACACCAAACCUCAAAUCAGUCAUUGGUGAAUGCAAUAGUUUAUUUAUAUGAAUAGAGAUAAGAAGAUGGGAAUGAUUGAUUUGGUUUCCCUGUAUCUUUUUCAAGCUGUGCAAUAACUUUCCAAAUGAAACAAAAAACAAAUCAGAUGUACAAAGAGCAUGUAUUACAAUAAUGAUAAUACACUAUCAAACUAUCAUUUUAAGAUUUUAAUGAAGAUUUAUAUCACAUGUGUAUUUCAUCCAUAAUUCACUUUAGUGUGAGCGACUGUUCCAUAGAAAAGGGAAUCCAAAUGACAAAUUCUAUGUGAACAAAAUAAGAUUUGCAAAGAAUGAAACAAAUUUUGAUAUUGUUUUAGUAAUUACCACUAUUAUUUGAAUAUAACAAAUACAAAUACUAGGAUAGACUAAUUACAUUAUUUUCAUAAUAUAUUUUCAUUUAUUUUGUUAACACCCAAAGACAUAUAAUAAUGUGUGUUGUCAAUCAUAUCAUAAUUGAAUAAUAGUUUUUCAUAUUUCAAAAUGUAAUACCUUCUGUCAAAAUUCAAAUCUGACUUAAACAAUUAAAGUAGAAAAGCAAAUAAGAAUAUUCAUUGUACAUGAACCAUAAUCAUCAAAUAUCAAUCAGGCAAAAUUAUUGGAUAACAAUUUGACUAAAUGUUUUCUUGGAAAAA